AUGGCUUCUAGGAAUGGUAUUGCUGAAGAUGUCACCGAACUUAUUGGUAAUACUCCAAUGGUCUUUCUGAGGAAAAUUGGGCGAGCUGCCAAAGUUGAGUAUUUGAAUCCGGCAUGUUCUGUGAAGGAUCGAAUCGGAUUGUCUAUGAUCCAGAGCGCCGAAGAGGCUGGCAAGAUCCGUCCUGGUCUCACUACCCUGAUCGAACCGACGUCCGGGAAUACAGGUAUCGGAUUGGGAAUGGUUGCCGCUGCCAAAAAUUAUCGUCUCAUCAUCACGAUGCCGGCUAGUAUGAGUCUUGAGAGGAGGGUACGCAUGUUCCUUUUCUUAAUACUGCGCACGUUGUUGAAAGCCUAUGGCGCAGAGCUCGUUCUCACCGAUCCAGCUCUUGGAAUGAAGGGAGCAAUCCAACGUGCUAAUGAACUUCAUGAAAAAAUUCCCAACAGUUUUAUCCUUGCGCAGUUCGACAAUCCUUCCAAUCCUCAAGUUCAUUACAUGACAACGGGUCCAGAGAUUUGGAAACAAACCCAAGGGAAGGUGAGUCUUUUUCUAUCUAUGUAUUUUAUAGAAAAUUGUCAAAAUAUGUAUGCCGUGGAACCAGUGGAAAGUGCAGUGCUGAGUGGGAAUCAACCAGGCCCUCAUCGUAUUCAAGGAAUUGGAGCUGGCUUCACUCCCGCCGUUCUCAACACAGCCAUUUAUGAUGACAUCAUUACUGUGCAUUCUGAUGAAGCAAUAGUGAUGGCUAAAAGGAUGGCGUUAGAGGAAGGCAUCCUAUGCGGAAUCUCGUCCGGUGCUAACGUUCAUGCAGCUUGUAAACUUGCUGCUCGUCCUGAAAUGGCUGGAAAACUUAUCGUUACCGUUCUUCCCAGUUUUGGAGAACGUUACCUUUCAACACCACUAUAUGCAAAUAUUCGUGAUGAAGCUUUGGAAUUGGGAGUGAAUUCGCUUGAACAAGAUCUAAGUCGAGUCAGCCUUCCGGAGUUUCCCGUAGAAGAAUGUCAGAAACAGCGUGGUGAUUGCUAA